CCAGACCCCAUCCAUCUCCUUCUCUUAUACCCUUAGUUACGGGAGAGAGUGAGAGACGCACGAAAGAACCGGAAGGCAGGGACGACGGAAGUACGGAGCUGACGGAACUCAGAUACGCCGCCGCCGCCAGACGCACCGCCGGACGCCGACCCUCAAGCUCCAGCCUCCAGGCCAUUGAUUUCUCAAGACCUGCCUUGCUUUUUAACUUUUUUCCACCGGAAUGCUAAAUCUUACAACAAUUGUUGCUACAAGCAUUCUCUAAAGCAUGCCUAAGGUGAAGACAAAUCGUGUCAAGUACCCAGAAGGAUGGGAACUGAUUGAGCCUACUAUCCUCGAACUACAAGCUAAGAUGAGAGAAGCUGAGAUUGAUCCGCAUGAUGGCAAAAGGAAGUGUGAGGGACUGUGGCCCAUCUUUAAAAUUUCUCAUCAGCAGAGCCGCUACAUUUACGACCUUUAUUACAGGAGGAAAGAAAUCUCCAAGGAACUCUACGAGUUUUGCUUGGAUCAGCGUCAUGCAGACCGUAAUUUAAUUGCCAAGUGGAAAAAGCCUGGGUACGAACGGCUAUGUUGUUUGAGGUGCAUUCAGCCCCGGGAUCACAACUUUAUGACGACUUGUGUGUGCCGAGUCCCUAAACAUCUCAGGGAAGAAGAGGUCAUAGAAUGCGUCCAUUGCGGCUGCAAAGGCUGCGCAAGUGGUGAUUAAUACUUUGAUUUUCACUAUGUUGUUUCUGUGUUGUAUGAGUGUUGUAUAUGAGAUAUGCUUUUUAUUCACUGAUUCUGCACUAAUGAAGCCUUGAUAAAGACUUGAUACUUCAUUACUCUUGUACCAUCUUCCUUUUGUGAUCCUAUUUUUCUAUUGGAGUAUUAUGACUUGAGAGAAAUUAUCAGUCUUGUGUUUGAAUUAUCAGCCUUGUCUUUGGUACUAUAGAAGUCAUUC